AUGUCUGACGCCGGGAGGCCGAGUUCGACACCUCCAGAAAAGCUUGGAGAAUCUCAGCGCAGUGGUUCUGCAGGCUCCGGUACAGAAACGUCUUCGGAAAAAAGCCUAGAGAUCACAGCCGAAGAUCCGGAUGAGAUCAUAACUCCUCAAAUUUCGAGGCGUUCGCUACCGUCACUGUCGAAAAAGGUCACCUCUGUUGGCACCACGGGCACAACAGAUCCAAACUUUGAGGUGGACUGGGAUGAGAAUGAUCCUGCGAAUCCUAGAAAUUGGCCCUUAAGGGUCAAGGGAAUGUCAACUGCAUAUCUUUCAUGGAGUACAUUCACGGUGGUCCUUUAUUCCACCAGCUACACUGCAGGACUUGAAGAUAUAGCCAAGGAAUUCGAUACCUCAGAAACCUUAGUGACGCUAGGGUUGACCUUAUACCUCAUUGGCCUCGCUAUUGGCUCUGUUAUUCUAGCCCCGCUCAGUGAGAUGUACGGCAGAAGGCCUGUUUCGAUCGCAAGCUUGUUCUUGUUUACGGUUUUCAUCAUACCGUGCGGACUUUGCACGUCUGUCACAGAGCUAAUUGUUUUGAGGUUCCUUGGGGCUUUAUCCGGCAGUGCUAUGAUUUCCAGUGCCCCUGGCUCCAUAGCUGACAUGGUGGAUGAUGAACACCGAGCGUUAGCAUUUUCCAUUUGGAGCAUUGGGCCCUUGAAUGGGCCAGUAUUUGGACCCAUCAUCGGUGGAUACGUAACACAAUACCUAGGCUGGAGAUGGACGAAUUGGCUGUCGAUUAUUUUUGGCGGAGUAGCAUUGAUUUUCAUGUGCCUCAUGAAAGAAACUUACACGCCAGUGCUUCUUCAAAAGAAGGCCGCACGCCUCCGAGAAGAGGACGAUGAUCCCCGCUGGUGGAGCCGAUACGACCAAAAAGCUUCCUUAAUCUCAGUUCUGAAAACGAACUUAAGCAGGCCAUUCGUCAUGGCAGUCCUGGAACCUAUCUGCAUAUUCUGGAACUUGUACAUCGCCAUCGUCUACGCAAUUCUCUACCUCUGUUUCGUCGCCUAUCCAAUCGUCUUCCGUGAAAUCCGCGGUUGGACUGUCGGAGAAUCCGGCCUCGCCUUCCUCGGCAUCGGCGUCGGCUCCCUCACAACCAUCGCUGUCGAGCCCCUCCUCCGCCGCAUGAUCAACGGCCACAAACUCGACCCGGAGACCGGCAAAGUGCCGCCAGAAUCCAUGGUGUCCGUAGUCUGCAUCGCCGCCAUCCUAGUGCCGGCAGGCGAGCUGUGGUUCGCCUGGACCUGCGCGCCCGCCACCAUCCACUGGAUCGCGCCCAUCCUUGCCGGCAUCCCGUUCGGCAUGGGCAACACCGGCGUCUUCAUCUACGCAUCCAACUACCUAACGUUCAGCUACGGCGUGUACGCUGCCUCCGCGAUGGCGGGCAACUCGGUGAUGCGGAGCGUGCUUGGCGGCGUGCUGCCGCUAGCCGGGCCCGCGAUGUAUGCGAAACUAGGACCCAAUUGGGCAAGCACACUCCUGGGCUUGCUGGAGGUUAUGAUUAUUCCGAUCCCCUUUGUGUUUUAUAAGUACGGGCAUAAAAUUCGGAUGAAGAGUGCGAUGAUCCGGGCGAUGCAAGCGGAUAAGGCGAAAUUGGCCGGUAAGCGGUCGAAAAAGAGGCAUGAGAACGAUGGAGAGAAAGGCGGGGAAGAGGUGGUGGGAGGUGGUGGCUUGUUGGAGAAGGAGAUAGUUUAA